AUCGCGGGACCUGUGGAAAGUAAACUGGCAAUGAUCAUAUGAUUAGGAACGCUUGAAGUGUUGUGCAGUAUUUCCUGAGGUAGACUUGAAAACAUGCCAAGCACACAGCAGUCACCCCAAGAUGAGCAGGAGAAGCUCCUGGAAGAGGCUGUCCAGGCUGUCAAGGUCCAAUCAUUUCAGAUGAAGCGCUGCCUGGACAAGAGCAUGCUGAUGGAUGCAUUAAAGCAUGCCUCGAACAUGCUGGGGGAGCUACGGACCUCCAUGCUGUCUCCCAAGAAUUACUACGAGCUCUACAUGGCCAUCUCUGAUGAGCUGCACUACCUUGAGAUCUUCCUGACAGAUGAAUUUGCCAAGGGCAGGAAAGUGGCCGAUCUGUACGAGCUGGUCCAGUAUGCCGGAAACAUCAUCCCCAGACUCUACCUUCUGAUCACGGUGGGUGUGGUGUACGUACGGUCGUUCCCCCAGUCCAGGAAGGAUAUCCUGAAGGACUUGGUGGAGAUGUGUCGUGGCAUCCAGCAUCCCUUGAGGGGUCUGUUUCUCAGGAACUACCUGCUGCAGUGCACCCGGAACAUUCUUCCAGACAACGGAGAGCAGCUUAACGAGGAGAGGACGGGGGACAUCGGCGACUCGGUGGACUUUGUGCUGCUGAACUUUGUGGAGAUGAACAAGCUGUGGGUGCGCAUGCAGCACCAGGGCCACAGCCGGGACCGGGAGAAGAGGGAGCGCGAGCGACAGGAGCUGCGCAUCCUGGUGGGGACCAACCUGGUGCGGCUCAGCCAGCUGGAGGGCGUCGACAUGGACAAGUACAAGCAGGUGGUGCUGUCAGGAAUCCUAGAACAAGUGGUCAACUGCUGUGAUUCCCUGGCCCAGGAGUACCUCAUGGAGUGUAUUAUACAGGUGUUCCCAGACGAGUUCCACCUCCAGACCCUCAGUCUAUUCCUGUGUUCCUGUGCAGAGCUACACCAGAAUGUCAAUGUUAAAAACAUUAUCAUCGCUCUUAUUGAUAGACUGGCGUUGUUUGCCCACAGAGAAGAUGGCCCAGGCAUCCCGUCAGAUCUCAAAUUGUUUGACAUUUUCUCCCAGCAAGUAGCUACAAUCAUACAGUCCCGACAGGACAUGCCCACAGAGGAUGUGGUGUCUCUGCAUGUUUCCCUCAUUAACUUGUCCAUGAAGUGUUACCCGGACCGCGUGGACUAUGUCGACAAAGUCCUGGAGAGCACGGUGGAGGUUUUCAACAAGCUCAACCUUGAACACGUUGCAACCAACAGUGCAGUAUCCAAAGAGCUGAUGAGACUGCUAAAGAUCCCAGUGGACACCUACAACAACAUCCUGACCAUUCUGCAGCUCAGCCAUUUCCACGCACUCUUCCAGCACUUUGACUAUGAGUCUCGCAAGAGCAUGAGUUGCUACAUACUGAGCAACACCCUGGACCAUGGCACAGAGAUCGUGGGCCAGGAUCAGGUUGAGACCAUCUUGAACCUGAUAUCAACACUGGUCCAGGAUCAGCCCGACCAACCGGCAGAGGACCCUGACCCUGAAGAUUUUGCCGAAGAGCAGAGCCUGGUUGCCCGCUUCAUUCACCUCCUGUGUUCUGAUGACCUGGACCAGCAGUAUCUGAUUUUGAAUACAGCCAGAAAGCACUUUGGUGCGGGCGGGAACCUGAGAAUUCGGCACACACUCCCACCACUGGUGUUUGCAGCGUACCAGCUGGGUUUCCGCUACAAGGAAAAGUCUGCAAUGGAUGACAACUGGGAGAAGAAAUGCCAGAAGAUCUUCUCCUUUGUCCUCCAGACCAUCAACGCGCUCAUCAAAGCCGAGCUGGCUGAGCUCCCGCUGCGCCUCUUCCUCCAGGGGGCGCUGGCGGCCGGCGGUAUUGGGUUUGAGAACCACGAGGUGGUGGCCUACGAGUUCAUGUCACAGGCCUUCUCCCUGUACGAGGACGAGAUCAGCGACUCCAAGGCCCAGCUGGCAGCCAUCACGCUGAUCAUCGGCACCUUUGAGAAGACCAGGUGCUUCAGCGAGGAGAACCACGAGCCCCUCCGGACCCAGUGUGCGCUGGCCGCCUCCAAGCUGCUGAAGAAGCCCGAUCAGUCCCGGGCAGUCGGCACCUGCGCGCACCUCUUCUGGUCCGGGCGCAACACUGACAACGACAGAGAGGAAAUCCACGAUGGGAAGCGGGUUAUGGAGUGUAUGAAGAAAGCUCUCAAAAUCGCCAACCAGUGCAUGGACCCCUCCCUGCAGGUCCAGCUCUUUACUGAGGUCCUGAAUAGAUAUGUUUACUUCUACCAGAAAGGGAACGAUGCGGUGACAGUCCAGGUGCUUAACCAGCUCAUUCAGAAGAUCCGGGAGGACCUCCCGAAUCUGGAGGCCAGUGAGGAGACAGAGCAGAUUAACAAGCACUUCUGCAACACCCUGGAACACCUGCGACUGCAGCAGGAGGUGGCGGGGGCUGACGGGCCAGCCUACGAGGGGCUGGCCCUCUAGAAAUUGCCAAUCACGCAACUGUCCCCUCCAGAAGAAAUACUGCACUCUUCCCAUACCUUGUUCUGAUAUUUCUCCUGUUCAUGUGACAAAAAAAAGCCUUCCCCGUGGUGGUGAUUUCUGUUCUAAGAUUAUCUUUUUUUUUUUUUACCUUCCUUAUCCAGAUUUACCUCGUCUGAUAGGGAAAAUAAUGCCGGUGUUGCAGUGUAAAUGCAGUCACUUGCACCUCAUUCCUUACUUCCCAAACCUGCCCCGUUUUCAUUGCCAAACGAAGUUCUCGCUCCUGCAGUCAAACUGGACGUUGCUGGACAUGUACAGGUGUAUUGGCAGCCUCCAUUUCCUGCCCCAGAGACAGACAGUGUUGGCUGGUUUUAUGCACAUCCUGCUGCAUGGCUGUGUGGUGGGAGGACAAGGUGACAGAUACAUGACACACACGCCUUCAGAAAAGAACAUGUACUUGCUGAUUUCUCCCUUGGGUACGUAGGUGUUUUACUAACUAUCUGGUUUUAAUAUAGUGUGAAUAUAUAUAUUCACUUAUAUAUUUUUUAUACAUUUCUAUAUCACAGCAGCAUUAAAGGCAAGUUUUUAGUCCAGAGACAGAGCGUCACUCUACUGAAAUCGCAGAACGUUCAUUUGUCUAUUUGUAUAUCUGUUCUAUUAUCACCCAACGAGACUGUUGCCGCUGUCCUAGCAAAAAGUAUAAACGCACUCCAGUCGGCCAGAGUAUAAACCAAAAGUUACUGCGAUCAGUGCCAUCCAUUGCAUGGUCACAGGGACGAUCUGUCGCUGGACUCUAAACUGGUCUUAAUGGUGUUUUUUAAAAAUGCAUUUGGUGCCAAACGUGGGCCUGAGCUUGUCAAAUUCGCACCAUAAUUUGGAAUGGCCAGCUAAUGUAUCUGCAACCACAGCAUCAUUCAUAUGCGAACCACAGCACCUAUUCAAGCGAAUAUAGACAUCCACGCUUAUCCUCCAAAACGCGUGGUGUUGCCAGCCUGCGUCUUUUCACACCACAGACUGCAGCUAAACUCGUAUACAGUGGAGUUGGAGGAAGAGCUUUCAUAUGAGAUUAACAUGUAGUCCACAGUCCGCAUUCAGCCUGAUCGACUGGCAGGAGUCGCUAGAUAGCAAUGAAACUCAGACCCUAACCAACCAACCCUAACCGUCCCCUGACCGUACGUUAAGUGAUGCAAUCACCGAUUGUGCAUCACCCUAUAGAGCUUCCAGCCUGGCAUAGACCAGAUUCAAAGCCAGUCUGGGGCUCUUCCAUGCACCACAGCGUGUUGGCCUAACAGAAUAAACCAACCAGCAGGGGCGCUUUUAUGCUAUAUGGAAUGUUUAUUUUUGUGUGAAAUAUGAGCAAGUUCAUCCUGAGCGAUCAAAUUUUGGAUGUACUUCAAAAGUGGGCAGACAUAAGAGGACUUUCAAUGCCUGUCAGAAUAUGUCCCUGCUAUGACUGACACAUUGUUACCCUCCAUAGCUUUGUGAAGUGCCCUUUGUAAAAGCAGUGACUCAAAUAAUACCUUUGUCAUCUGUUGCCCGGUAACCAUGCAACCGGGCUGGUUCUCUUUAAUGGCCUUUAAAAACCUGAAAAAUCUCACACCUCCUCUUACUUUCUCCUCGGUGUCCCUUAUUUUAUUUUUUUCCCACAACAAAGUGUUACUGAUUGCAAAAAUCUGAAUUCAUGAAUCAAUAUCAGUAUGUAAUGUACAGCUUUAUUCACCAAUCAUACAUCAUGUACAAGCUCCAGAUGAGUGUCAGCAUCUGCCUGGUCACCUUCCUUCAGGAUUACAGAGGGAAAAAUCAAGGUAACAUUACAUCAUGUAGUUUUCUAAUAUGCACAUGCAAUAUUACACAACACAAUUUAUUUGCUAUUUAUGAUUUUUCUUUGCUGUUGCACUGCUGGAUCUGUAUUGCUAUUCCUAAAGAUGUUACCAUGUUGUAGCACUGUAAGCACUGAUGUUACCAAGGUCAACUCUGUGAUUCUUUGAGCAGAACUCUCUGUGAAAGGCACAUGCACCACACACUGGCUUUAUAAUUCAAAACUCAGUGCCAAAUUGAUGUGCACUUGACAUGCGUUAAUGCUGCUGAUCAUAGUAUGUUUUCUUAUUGUGUUGCAGAAAUAAAUUUCAAUAAUGUAAA